AUGUCUCGGCCACCAGGAAGAAAGCAGGAGUACCAAAAAAUAAGCAGAGAACUUUUUGUUCUCACGUAUGGGGCUUUGGUAGCACAGCUGUGUAAGGACUAUGAAAAGGAUGAAGAUGUCAACACCUGUUUAGAUAGAAUGGGUUAUGGCAUCGGCGUAAGGCUGAUUGAUGAUUUUUUAGCUCGUUCAGCUGUGAAAAAGUGCCGCAGUUAUGCUGAAACUGCAGACAUGAUUGCACAG